AGGACCUACUCCGCCUCAUGUGUCGGAUGGAUUCAUUCCAGUUGCUCUCACUGGCUGCCACAACAGAUUUGCCUCUGGAGCUGGAGCCGAACCUCCUCUGUGCAUAAAUAAAACACACUCUCUGCAAACAUGGCUGGUAAAAUCCAGAGUCUGACGGAUGAGGAGAGGGCUCACCUACUGCCGCUGCUACGCAACGCUCAGUGGGUGGAGGUUGUGGGACGGGACGCCAUUUACAAAGAGUUUAUUUUUAAAGAUUUCAAUCAGGCUUUUGGCUUCAUGUCCAGAGUGGCUUUACAAGCAGAGAAGAUGGACCACCAUCCUGAGUGGUUCAAUGUCUAUAAUAAGGUCCAGAUCACUCUCAGCACACAUGACUGUGGGGGGUUGUCCCAGCGCGACAUCACUUUGGCCACCUUCGUUGACCAGGCAUCACUGAUGUGAGCAGCACACAUUAUCGUUCAUUUCCACGGUGAAGAGCUGUAAGUCACAGAUCUACGCUGACGUGACCUCCAAAUCUAAACAAUAUGAACCAAAUACUGUCAAUGUAUCGUGAAUAAAGGGUCCAAUGUGUGUGUUAAGAAUAUAGGGGAACGGUAAAAUAAUGUUUAUGGAUUAUUCAACUAAUUCCUCAGCAACAAGUUAUUACAGUUAACAUUGACAACAGUACAUGUAUCCAUCUGUCUGUGCCAAAUGUUUUUUGUAUUUACUGUCAGUAAAUGUUAUUUUCUCACUCAAACUCUUAUUGUCGUCACUGAAAAAUGAAAUGAUUCCUCUCAUCGGACUGAAUGCAUUUUAUUUAAACACAACACUUUUAGACAUCUGCUGUGGUCAGGAGGUCAGGACUAUAACCAUGUUAAAUGCUUUUAACAGUGUUCACUAUGGGUCAUUUUAACAUAAGAAACCAGCAGGUGAUUUCCUAACUUAAAAUAAAUCUGUUACACAAG